AAGUGUCCGGACUGGAAGGGGGGUGAAAAGUGUCCGGACUGGAAGGGGGGUAAAAGUGUCCGGACUGGAAGGGGGGUAAAAGUGUCCGGACUGGAAGGGGGGUUAAAGUGUCCGGACUGGAAGGGGGGUAAAAGUGUCCGGACAGGAAGGGGGGUAAAAGUGUCCGGACAGGAAGGGGUGAAAGUGUCCGGACUGGAAGGCGGGGAAAGCGUCCGGACUGGAAGGCGGGGGAAAGCGUCCGGACUGGAAGGCGGGGGAAAGCGUCCGGACUGGAAGGCGGGGGGAAAGCGUCCGGACUGGAAGGCGGGGGGAAAGCGUCCGGACUGGAAGGCGGGGAAAAAGCGUCCGGACUGGAAGGCGGGGAAAAAGCGUCCGGACUGGAAGGCGGGGGGGGAAAGCGUCCGGACUGGAAGGCGGGGGGGAAAGCGUCCGGACUGGAAGGCGGGGGGGAAAGCGUCCGGACUGGAAGGCGGGGGGGAAAGCGUCCGGACUGGAAGGCGGGGGGGAAAGCGUCCGGACUGGAAGGCGGGGGGGAAAGCGUCCGGACUGGAAGGCGGGGGGGGAAAAGCGUCCGGACUGGAAGGCGGGGGGGAAAGCGUCCGGACUGGAAGGCGGGGGGGGAAAGCGUCCGGA